AUAGUCUACUGUCUAUUCUAUAAAGAGUCUACUGUCUAUUCUAUAGAGUCUACUGUCUAUUCAAUAGAGUCUACUGUCUAUUCUAUAGAGUCUACUGUCUAUUCAAUAGAGUCUACUGUCUAUUCUAUAGAGUCUACUGUCUAUUCUAUAGAGUCUACUGUCUAUUCUAUAGAGUCUACUAUCUAUUCUAUAGAGUCUACUGUCUAUUCAAUAGAGUCUACUGUCUAUUCUAUAGAGUCUACUGUCUAUUCUAUAGAAUCUAGUGUCUAUUCUAUAGAGUCUACUGUCUAUUCUAUAGUCUAGUGUGUAUUCUAUAGAGAGUCUAGUGUAUAUUCUAUAGAGAGUCUACUGUCUAUUCUAUAGAGUGUACUGUCUAUUCUAUAGAGUCUACUAUCUAUAUAGUCUACGGUCUAUUAUAUAGAGAGUAUAGUGUCUAUUCUAUAGAGAGUCUAGAGUAUAUUCUAUAGAGUCUACUGUCUAUUCUAUAGUCUAGUGUGUAUUCUAUAGAGAGUCUAGUGUGUAUUCUAUAGAGAGUUUACUGUCUAUUCUAUAGAGAGUCUAGUGUCUAUUCUAUAGAUAGUCUAGUGUCUAUUCUAUAGAUAGUCUAGUGUCUAUUCUAUAGAUAGUCUAGUGUCUAUUCUAUAGAUAGUCUAGUGUCUAUUCUAUAGAUAGUCUAGUGUCUAUUCUAUAGAUAGUCUAGUGUCUAUUCUAUAGAUAGUCUAGUGUCUAUUCUAUAGAUAGUCUAGUGUCUAUUCUAUAGAUAGUCUAGUGUCUAUUCUAUAGAGAGUCUAGUGUCUAUUCUAUAGAGAGUCUAGUGUCUAUUCUAUAGAGAGUCUUCUGUCUAUUCUAUAGAGUCUACUGUCUAUUCUAUAGAGUCUACUAAAUAUAUAGUCUACGGUCUAUUAUAUAGAGAGUAUAGUGUCUAUUCUAUAGAGAGUCUAGUGUCUAUUCUAUAGAGAGUCUAGUGUCUAUUCUAUAGAGUGUAGUGUCUAUUCUAUAGAGUGUAGUGUCUAUUCUAUAGAGAGUCUACUGUCUAUUCUAUAGAGUCUACUGUCUAUUCUAUAGAGUCUGGUGUCUAUUCUAUAGAGAGUCUAGUGUCUAUUCUAUAUAGUCUAGUGUCUAUGGUAUAUAGUCUAGUGUCUAUGGUAUAUAGUCUAGUGUCUAUUGUAUAUAGUCUAGUGUCUAUGGUAUAUAGUCUAGUGUCUAUGGUAUAUAGUCUAGUGUCUAUGGUAUAUAGUCUAGUGUCUAUGGUAUAUAGUCUACUGUCUAUUCUAUAGAGUCUACUGUCUAUUCUAUAGUCUAGUGUGUAUUCUAUAGAGAGUCUAGUGUAUAUUCUAUAGAGAGUCUACUGUCUAUUCUAUAGAGUGUACUGUCUAUUCUAUAGAGUCUACUAUCUAUAUAGUCUACUGUCUAUUCUAUAGAGAGUCUAGAGUAUAUUCUAUAGAGUCUACUGUCUAUUCUAUAGUCUAGUGUGUAUUCUAUAGAGAGUCUAGUGUGUAUUCUAUAGAGAGUUUACUGUCUAUUCUAUAGAGAGUCUACUGUCUAUUCUAUAGAGUCUACUGUCUAUUCUAUAGAGAGUAUAGUGUCUAUUCUAUAGAGUCUACUGUCUAUUCUAUAGAGUCUACUGUCUAUUCUAUAGAGUCUACUGUCUAUUCUAUAGAGUCUACUGUCUAUUCUAUAGAGUCUACUGUCUAUUCUAUAGAGUCUACUGUCUAUUCAAUAGAGUCUACUGUCUAUUCUAUAGAGUCUACUGUCUAUUCUAUAGAGAGUCUA